UAGAGAUAACUGUGUGUGUAGUGUGUGUGUUUGUGUAAGUGUGUGUUGAGUCAAUCAGUUUCCGAAAAAGGGCGUCCUCCUCCUCCUGCUUGCAGCUUUUUCACAUGUUUGUCUCCCCGGAGGAAGGGGCGGUCUCUGCUCCGCGGCAGAUCCGGAAUUAGGAGGUGUUCGCUCGGAUCAGCUUGGCUCGGACGUUCGGUGGAGAGCUCCGCGGGCGGUUCGGUACCUCGGCGUCAAAAACAUUUAAUAUAAAGAUAACAUAAGAGAAAGAAAACGCCGACUGGAGUGGAAUUGUCGACCGAGGGAGGGACGAAGAAUUGGGACUGAGAAGAGAAUUAUAAGAGAAGAAGAAGAAAGAAAAGUAGUAGAAGAAGAAGAUGCCUCUGGCUCAGUUGGGGGACCCCUGGCAAAAGAUGCCUCUGGGGGGGACACAGGGAGAGGAUCCCCAUCACGAUCCUGAGGACUCCAUAGGCGAUGACGACUCGAUGCCCGUCUGCGUCGAUGACGUGCCGAUCAAGGAGAUCAACAUCACUAAUCAUGUGAAAGAGGGAUCAGAGAAAGGCGACCCGCGGCAGUUCGAGCUGCGCAAAGUCCUCGGACAGGGAUCCUUCGGCAAGGUGUUUCUGGUGAGGAAGGUCACGGGGCCAGACGCUGGUCAGCUGUACGCCAUGAAAGUCCUGAAGAAAGCUACACUGAAAGUGCGUGACCGGGUCAGGACGAAGAUGGAAAGAGACAUCCUGGUGGAGGUCAACCACCCCUUUAUCGUCAAACUGCAUUACGCGUUUCAGACGGAGGGGAAGCUGUACCUGAUCCUGGACUUCCUGCGAGGAGGAGAUCUCUUCACUCGGCUCUCCAAGGAGGUGAUGUUCACGGAGGAAGACGUGAAGUUCUACCUGGCAGAGCUCGCUCUCGCCCUCGAUCACCUCCACAGCCUCGGAAUCAUCUACAGAGACCUGAAGCCAGAGAAGUAG